GGCGCGCUGCGUGACGCUGCGGCCGGUGACGGGCGUCGGGGCCGCGCUGACCCUCGCAGAGGAGCCGCUACCCGCCUCCGCUCGCCCGGUGGCCCAGGCCGCGCAGCUCCGCGCGCUCCGCCUUGCUGGGAGGGAGGGGCCAGGCCGGCGGCGCUGCUUCGCUGCUUCGCGCACCUCCGCCGUGCGCGUAACGCGCGGGUGCGCCGGCGCCUUUGUCCGGCCGCGCCGCCAUGGCCGAGCAGACGGGCCUGGCGAUGCCGCAGAGCUUGGACAGAAGCUGCUGGGUUUGUUUUGCCACCGAUGAGGAUGAUCGGACAGCAGAGUGGGUGAGACCUUGCAGGUGCAGGGGCUCUACAAAGUGGGUUCAUCAGACUUGCCUACAGCGCUGGGUGGAUGAAAAGCAAAGAGGAAACAGUACUGCUAGAGUUGCUUGCCCUCAGUGCAAUGCAGAAUAUUUAAUAGUAUUUCCAAAGCUAGGUCCAGUUGUUUACGUUUUGGAUCUUGCAGAUCGACUGAUUUCAAAGGCAUGUCCAUUUGCUGCAGCUGGAAUAAUGGUGGGCUCUAUAUACUGGACAGCUGUUACAUAUGGAGCUGUGACAGUGAUGCAGGUUGUGGGUCACAAAGAAGGUCUUGACGUCAUGGAGAGAGCUGAUCCUUUAUUUCUUUUGAUUGGACUUCCCACUAUCCCAGUCAUGCUGAUAUUGGGCAAGAUGAUUCGUUGGGAGGACUAUGUGCUCAGACUGUGGCGCAAAUACUCUAAUAAACUACAAAUUUUGAACAGCAUAUUUCCAGGCAUUGGAUGUCCUGUUCCUCGUAUUCCAGCAGAGGCCAACCCUUUGGCAGACCAUGUCUCUGCUACCCGAAUUCUAUGUGGAGCUUUAGUUUUUCCUACUAUUGCCACAAUAGUUGGCAAGCUGAUGUUCAGCAGCGUUAACUCAAAUUUACAAAGGACAAUCUUGGGUGGAAUUGCUUUUGUUGCUAUAAAAGGAGCUUUUAAGGUUUACUUCAAACAGCAGCAAUAUUUGCGCCAAGCUCACCGCAAAAUUUUAAAUUAUCCUGAGCAAGAAGGAGCAUAAGGCUGUGAUCUCCAGACGUCAUACAGUCCUACCUGACAG